AUGUCAAAGACCAACGGAUGGAAGACUGAUGCAACUGAGAGGCGAGAGGGAGCCAAAUCAAUAACUUCCUGGGAGCAAAGGCAACUCAAAAUCUUAGUUGGCAGGAGAAUAUCGAUGGCUCAGGCUUUACGGGAAGCUAACUAUGUAUUGGCCCCACUUCUGCGCACUCCUCUCCGCCGCAUCCGAUUCUGGAUUGAUAGAGCCACUAGAGCUAGAAUCUACGGCGAUUCUAAACAGGACGAAUAUGUGACAGCUCUGAGCUCUGCACUCUCCCAGACUAACACCAAUUCACCUAGACUCAUAACACAUGAUUUCAUUGGAAAUUCGUCUUUAUUCUAUGCGCAUAGAAAGUCCCAACCUGCACACCCAUCCCAGUGGGUUAAGACCUUAUUAUUGUGUUUGUACACUUCUUUAGCGUUCACAAGUCAACCUGAAAAGCAGAGCUUACGUUUUCUUGAAAAGACUAUAUUUUGGCUAUACCCCCCAGUACCGCGGACCCCCUUAAUAACUCCUCACAAGGAGGCAGAUGAUUGCCACCCAUGGACGAGCAUAGCCAAGAACAAAUUCCAGGUUGAGAAGGAGAUACAGAGCAUCCCUGAUCUGAACUGGAUCAUUGUGCGUCCUGCCAUUGUAUAUGGCAAGUCUGACCGAACUGGCCUUACUCCUCGUCUUGUGUUUGGUGCUGUCUACCGCCACUUGGGAGAGAUGAUGAAGAUGAUGUGGGACGAGAACCUGGUCAUAAAUACUGUGCACGUUACUGAUGUUGCAAGAGCCAUUGUGUGGUUGUGCCAGCAAGGGAAGACUAAGCAAGUCUACAACAUUGUUGAUGAUGGUAAUACUAAGCAAGGAGACGUCAAUAACAUUGUUUCAGAUAUAUUUAACAUCAAUCAUGACUACUGGGGUAACACUCUGUCAACCAUUGCAAAGACAGAUGCAGUGGGGCUUGUCAGUGAAAUCAAUGAGAAGCACCUGGUUCCUUGGGCUGCCAUUUGCUCAGCUGGUGGUCUAGACAACACUCCCCUCACCCCUUACAUUGACCAGAACUCGGUUCAUCCUAACCACCUGCACCUCGAUGGUUCAAAGCUACGUAAGGAGGGAUUCACAUUUUCCGUGCCGAAGCCUAGUCACGACAAUCUCAUGGAGAUAUUGAAAGAUUUCAUCGGAAUGAAGAUGUUCCCAGCCAAUGCUCUUCCAAGUCAGUAAUGGAGUUCAAGACUACCUUACAUAAAGAAUAUUUCAGGUGCAAAGGAAGCAGUGAGGUUGCAUUGCAUAUAAGAAGGGAGACAUGUGAAGAAAAUUAAGCAGAAAACUCUUUGGCCUCUUCACCCAGUGAGACCGGAAAAAAAUUAUAGACAUGUUAUUGUUGUUAUGAUUUCCCCCCUCCCCCUCUUGGUCCAUGCUUAGAAUUGAACAUUAGCAAACAAUUUGUAGGACACCCCAGAAGCUCUCAUGAUGUUAAAGUCUUUCAAACAAAGGAAAAUAAGAGAAAAGACCAUGGUUAUUAGUCAGGGGCCUUUUAAGACAUACAAUGUCAGUGAUAGAGUUUAUUAGUUUAAAGGUUUUAUACAAAAUAUUGACUAAUCAAAUGAGAAAUAAAGCAUUCAUUAGUAAGCAUAAGGCAAUUAGUGUGCUUGUAGUAUAAAAGUUUUUUUCCUUUUUCUUCUCAUUUUUAUCUCUAAAAGUUCACUGGGGGAGAAGUGAAGUACAAUUUUCAUUACUAUCUGGAGUGAAUAGUUUUUCAUUUUGCUGCUCUUACUAAAAAGGUUUUGGAUGCAGUGUUAACUGUGAAAAGAUAUCAAGCUAGGCACAGCAUUCAAGUUGUGAUUAUGACAGCAAAGGGAUAUCAAAACAAAUUCACUCUGACUUGCCUCUAUGCUGACUGUCACUCCUCUCUAUUCUCUUUUUUCUUUCUCUCUUCACCCUCUUUAAUUUUUUUCCUUUCCUUCCUCUCCCUUCUCCCCUUCUUGCUUUCUCAUUCUCUGUUUAGCAUUCUCAUGAAACAAUUUUUGUUUAAUUUAAGUGUUCCAAAGAUGGUAAAUCCAGUGACAAAAAAUAUAUAUUUAUCAUCUGUGGUGCUUGGUUGGCUUUCAAUGUGCCAAUAGCAUUCUUAGUCUUUUUUCAUAAGAGAAAAGAGGGAAAUACUGUCUUCAGAUGCCUUUUCUAUCUGUUAAUUACUACCAGAAGGCACAAGCAGGUUAAUCAACUUGUUUAUCAGCUUGGAGAACUAAGUGUGACUAUUGAUUUUUCAUGUAAAUAAUCUGGGAACACUAACAAGUCUCUCAUAAGGUCUGUUAUUAUCAGAGUUUUUCUGAGGGUAAUUUGACCAUUGCUCAAAGGUCACAAGAUAUUCAGUGCUAUGCCAUGCAGGGCCACAUUUUUUCUAUGACAUUCUCAUAAUACAUAAUAUGGAUAUUUUUUUAUGUUAACUUUCAUUGUUUCUUCUUUUUUAUGCUCACUUGGUUUUGUGAAUUUCUGUGUAGUGCAAUAUGGUCAUUAUGUGCUCAUUAAAUUCAAUGACCCAUAUUUGUGGGUCAGUGAUCAGAAAGAUGUUUACUGAUGAAUAUGAGAAGAAGACUCUUUUCAUUGUCAGUUAUUGUUAAAAUAAUCCAAAUGUUAUACCCUGUUGGAUGCUUAAAAAAGAUGUUAGAAUUGAAUGUGUUAUAUAUGUUUACUGAAGUCUGAAGCAGAGAGUCAACUAAGAAAAUACUUUCCAUUUAAUGUGAAAUAUGAAAGUAUAUUGAAAAGAACAUUUUCUGUGUUAUGAUACUAAAAAAAGGAAUUUAACUUUGCAUAUGUUUCCAAGUACACAGGACUCUCCAAAUAUUUCUUGAGUUCACUGUGAAUUGAAACAGGGACAUCAGUUGUCAGAUUAUAGGAAAAGUUAAUAGCCAUUAGUCCUAGAAUUAAGAAUGUAAUCAAAAGAACAGUAAUUAGUUUAUUUUUCUUUUUAAUCAAACACUCCAACAUAAUGUAGGUAAGCAUAGAUGGUUAAUAGAGUAAUGGCUAAUGGCCAAUUUGGAAUUUUUAUUUAGCUCUGCUUAAAAUUGCUUAGGGUUCAUUUCCUUCUUAAAACAGGCUUACAGUAAUCUUGCAUGAUAUUGUAAUAUUUCAAGAAAAGGAAGUUUUUGUAUUAUGCCUAUUUCCAUUCACUUAAGACAGUGUGUUUGGUUGUUUCUUUCUGUUGCCAUUUUUUUUCUCUCUCUCUCUCUCCAAAAGGAAUUUUUUCAAAGUUUCAUUAAUCAUUUGUACUAGAGACUACCACAUUUGAUUCAACCUUAUUUAGUCAGUAAUUUUUAAAAAGAUGUAGUAAGUGGCAGUCAUUCUAAUUCCAUGAUCGAGAACAAGAAAGACGAGACAGGCUUAUUAAUUUGUGAUAUUGGUUGACUUUCUGUGAAGACCACAUGCUUUUGCUCAUUUCCAUAUGAGCACAUAACAUUGUAAUAAUUAGUAAAGUAAUUUUAUCAUUCCUAUUUGUGGUUAAGUGUAGCUAGGUGUUUCAAACAUUCUAUAAACAUUGACAUAUUUGUUGAAAAUCUUUAAUACCUUUAAUGUGUUUAAUUGCAUCUUAGCUCUGUUAACUGGUUUGUGAGUGUCAAGUCAGGUAAAUCCAAGAUGAAUUAUGUUAAGAGAAUUGAAAAGAAAUGCAAACCCUUUUUUUUUCCCCAUGGGUUCAUGUCAGUAGUUAUUAGUGGAUUUUUUUCCUCUGGAUUGGAAAUGCAACAGAUAAAAUAUAUUAGCAAUGAAGCUGAAUUAAUUUUGAGUCAUAUGUAAGUUUAGGAAAACUAGGUUAAACUAAUGCUACAAAUGUAUGAGUUAUCAUUCAUAGCCAUAAAAUGGUAUUUCAUUAAGAUUGAGUCAAGUUUUCCUGUGCUUAAAGUUCCCAGGAUUUUAAUACUCUUGUUCCACAAUUGUUGGAUUCUGUGGACUCCCUCAAAGAUUCCUUCUCGUACUUACAAUAUAUGUGUAUUAAGAAAUGGUACAUUAAGGUCACCAUUUAUUUUUGAAAUGUGAACAGUUGAUUGAUAAAUUAGAAAUUUCACUUCUUUUUUUUCCACUGCUAGUUAGGUGCUUUUAGUUUUGUUUAUAUAUAUAUAUAUUUUGGGUGUUUACUUUCACUGUUUUCCAUGAACUCUCCAGUUUCCAAAUGAUCUAUAAAUAAUUUGGUGAUAUUGAUGUUAAAAAUUAUCUACCAAAAACAAUUCCUAUUUUGCUAAGCAUUAGUCAGGUUCCAUAGGUAAUUAGAGUAAUGUAGAGAAUCAGUAUGCAACCAGGUAAUAUUAUGUAACUAGACUGCCAUACCCAGAGUAGAGGUGUCCUAUGCUUUAGAGUAAAAAUCAUGGGAAUACUAGCAAAAAGUAAACUAUAAAAUAAGUAAAUGAAUAAUUACAUACACUUUGGACAGUUUUGGAGCUAGGAUCUCAAUAGGUUAUUCUUUUCCAUCUUUCAAUAAAAUAAAAUACAAGUUAACCCCCCCCCCCUCACAUCCACUUUUCCAAGCCCUAUGCUAACUUUGCCUUGUUAAAUUAUCUCCAAUUAUCCUUCAAAAAUUUGUUGAGCAAUUCUGUACUAGUCUCUUAGGCAAAAUAUGUGUUGUGUUGAUACAUUCCAUUAUGUAUAUAUUUACUGAUGACUGUGCUGAUACUAAGAUGGAUAUUCCAUUGUGUGAUAACAUGUGCCAUAGACAAUGAUAUAACAUCUUGUGACGUGAUAAUGUUCUGUGCCUUUGUGCUCUUGUAGAUGUUGAAAUGCUGUGCUGUUUUGCAUUAGUAGAGGUUAUAUGAUAAACUCUACUAAAAUAACCAAUGCUGUUGUUAAAGAAGAAAAAAAUAGAUAACUGGCAGAUAUACUGACUCCAUGCUUUGAGAGCUUUUUCUACUAUCUGGUAGGUAUUUAUAUAUAAUGAGUAAUACCCAGUAGUUCAUCAUGUAGUUUUCACAGCAAAUAUUGGAGGUAUUUGCUAUGUCAGUUUACAAAGUAAAUAAACUGAGAGAAAGUACAUGA